AUGCGGGCGACCAGCAUGGCCUGUAGUCUCGCUCUUUUCCUCAACUCAUUGGCCGUUGUGGACGCAGCCGUCUACUCGCAAACUCAAGUUUGGAAGAAUGGAAUCGUAUUCAGCCCUGUGAAGCAAGGCAUAGCCUAUGUUCGGACUGAUAUUGGUGGUGCCUACCGAUCAAAUGGCGAUACAUGGGUACCUCUGAAUGAUUACGUCAACGAUACAACGUGGAACCACGCUGGAGUUGAAUCAAUCGCACCCGACACCGUCUAUGCAGCUGUCGGAAUGUACACGAUCUCUUGGGAUUCAAGAAACGGAAGCAUUAUCAAGUCCACAGAUCGGGGUCGCACUUGGACGAC